AUGUAUGCAGCUGCAGAGGCCAUUCGAAGCCGUCACAUCAAUAGUGCUCGCAUCGGUCAAUGUGCAGACCUCAAAAUCCUUGUUAAUAAGCUCAGUGAUCUUCUUCGCCUCCCAGUACAUCCUUUAUUUGUGUUUGAUGGAAGUGAACGACCCACCGAGAAGCGGGGAAAGCACGUUGACACCGAGAAUAAGCACCAGUUGGAACAGGGGUUCAAGGACUUCAUUCAAGCGUAUGGCUUCAAUUAUCACACCGCACCGGGUGAAGCAGAGGCUGAGCUAGCAGCCAUGAACCGGAUGAAUCAUGUGGACGGAGUCUUAACUAGUGAUAGCGAUGUUGUGCUUUUUGGAGCAGGAUGUAUAAUCCGAGAUGUACUUAGACUCAUAGACGGCGAUGAUAACAAGAAGCAUCAGGUUGAGAUCCACACCGAGGAGUCCAUCCGAGCAAGCGGCUGGAAUAGCCGGCGUUUACUUCUGGUAGCGUUGCUCUCUGGGGCAGACUAUGACAUGGGCUGCGGGAUAGGUGUUGCUUCGCAGCUGGCGAAGAGUGAGCUUGGCGAGAAACUUGUUCAAGCAUACAUGGGUUGCCCAGCGCCGGAAUUCUUACGAUUUUGUACGGAUUGGAGAAGAGAUCUCCGAGACAUGCUACGCAACAACACCGAGGGGACACUAACUCGUAAGCAUGGUGGCAUAGCAGACAAUGUUCGAAACACCUUUCCGUCACUCACUGUGCUGGGGAACUAUCUAUGCCCGGUCACAUCGCACUCGCUUACACUUGAUGGGCCUCGAGAAAUUGGCGGGCUGCGCUCUCCACAAUCCCGCCAGCCGAAUGUAACAGAGGCGGUUUCUCUAUUCAAACACUACUUCAACUGGCCUUCAGCGAAAGUGGAGAAGUAUAUUCGCGAUAAUGUCUGGUCCGGGAUAUACAUGCGAGCGAUGUUUCGUGUACGUCAUACUGGUUGUCCGGAGAUCAGAACUGAUGCGUCGGCUUUAGCUUGA